CACUAUCAUAGCUAUCUUACAAGCAGCACUAUUACUGGUCACUGUCACAGUCACUAUCUAUACAUUGGUGACAAUCAAUUCAAUAUUAUAAGUAGUAACAAUCAGAAUCAGUGUAACAUAACGCGAAUCAAAUAUUGAUUGAUUAUUAUAAGUGAUUUAUUUUAUUUUAUUGUGCGUUUUAAAAAUGAAUUGUAAUCAUGAAUAUAAUGAGACAACAAUACCAUUAAAUUCAAACAAUACAACAAAUUUACAAAAACAACAUUAUUGUACAAAUAACACAUUAGAUGAACACAUAGAUCAUCCAAAGUAUUGUUGUUGUUCUAAGAGUGCUGGAGAUGUAACAGGAUCUAUUAGUGGUGUUACAGCACAAUGUUUAAUUACAUUAUCAAUAAUAUUAGCAAUUACAUCAUGUGCAUUACCAAUUGGUUAUUCAGCAAUAUUAUUACCACAAUUAGAAAUGGAACGAUUAGAACAACUCGAAGCCACAACUGGAACUGGAACUGAAAGUACUAAUAGUACUUUGUUUAACAUAACGGAUAAUAUGGGUUCAUGGAUUGCAAGUAUUCAUUCGACUGCCACACCAAUUGGUGCAUUCUUAAGCGGCUUCGUGAUGGAUCGAUUUGGUAGAAAGCGUGCUGUACAAAUAUCUAUGAUGCCAUUAAUAGUUGGUUGGAUUCUGAUAGCGUUUUCCCAGAAUAUAAUAAUGAUGUUAUGUGGACGAUUCACAGCUGGAUUAUCAAUUGGAUUUGCUGCGGCUCCAUCACAGGUGAUUAUUGGUGAAAUGUCAGAACCACAUUUACGUGGUAUCUUCUCCACUACCCCAAUUGUAGGCUAUGCGCUGGGUGUUUUAUUAGUGUAUGCCAUGGGCUCAUCCUUCCAUUGGCGAACGGUGGCUGCAUUAAGUACCAUCUUACCAACUUUAACGAUUAUAUCUUUCAUGUUCCUACCAGACACUCCAACAUGGCUAAUACGAAAUGGACGAAUAGCUGAAGGAACAAAGGCAUUGUAUUGGUUAAGGAAAAACAAUCUUAAGGCUCACAAAGAACUGCAUCAGCUCAUGACCAAGAUCAGCGAUGAACAGAAUGAGAACAAUAAUCAUGAAAAGGUUGCAACAGGUUCUACAGAUGGCUCCAAAACCAUCUCGCACAUAAUUAAGCCUCAUGUAUUGAAACCAUUAAUCAUUUUAAUAGUUUUUGCAUUCUUACAAAUUUUCUCUGGCACUUACGUAUUAAUAUUUCAUGCGGUGGUCAUUGUUAAACAAAUGGGUAAUUUUGAAAUGGAUAGUUUUUCGAUAGCGAUUUUAACAGCAGUGAUUCGAUUGAUUUGUACUACAAUCUCAAUAUUUUUAAUUGCUGUGAUUGGUCGUCGUCCGUUAGCGUUAAUAUCCUCAAUUAGCGGGGGUGUUUGUGCAUUCUUGUUAGGUUUAUUUUUAAUAAUUCGUUCGAAUUCGGAGUCAUUUAAUUCGUUUGACGUAUGCAUUACAAUUCUUUUGCUAAUAAUUUACGUGGCUGGUAACACUGUAGGUAUAAUGCCGAUGUUUGGUACGUUAAUAAGUGAACUAAGUCCAGCUAAAGCGCGUGGUUUAAUUGGUGGUUUUAUAUUUAGUAUAAAUAAUAUUGGUUUAUUUGUAUUUAUUAAAUUCUUCCCGUGGGUGCGUACGAUUUUAACAAUUCCAGGUAUUUUUAUAUUAUUUGGUAGUUCUUCACUGUUAGGUGCCAUAUUUAUUUAUCUAGUUUUGCCAGAAACCAAGAAUCGUAGUUUAAUUGAAAUAGAAGACUAUUUUCGUAAUAAUAAAUUCUUAUGGAUCCAUAGACAUAAAAGUUUUUUGUGGCCAGACACGAAACCGAACACCAUACAAUCAACGAGAAUAGACAAUAGGGAUUUUGAAAACAUCUCAAAAGGGAAACGAAAACGUCCAACAAAAAAAUGUUCGUAA